ACGAUCCUCCAUCGUUCGUACAGUGUGAAACUUUUCUCUUCACCGUCGUUUCUAACUCGUACUCCUCCCGUUCGAAUUUCUAUAAAAAAGAGAAAAAUGCAGUGAAGUGUGUGGUUUGGAAUCGGUGAAAAUUUACACUUUAUCGAUAGUGUAAACGGGUGUGAAACUUCGCAACUGCAAAUCCAGGCGACAUGAACAAAACGGAGCUGAACAUCGUGUUGAGCACCGAGCCAGCGAGGACAUCUUCAAGCGUAAUUCACUCGCACAUUCCAGUACCGAGGAUAUCAAAUGCGAUUAAAGCCCAGGAAAGAUGUCCUCCUCCGCGAAGAGGCUCGUUCGAGAAAUUAUCCAGAGGUGUGUCUGUCGCGGCUCAAAGAGCCUCCUUCGAGAAGCUCGACGCCUCCGUUCAACAGCAACAACGUACAACCACGAGGAACAAUAAUUUGUCGAGCUCCAGUAUCGAGAUGCGAAACACCGAGACCGAGAAACUCUGUUCGGCCAGCACUACCAUAAGUAACUGGAAAACGAACGAACAGAUCGCCGGGGCGAAAUUAAACAGGAGCAACAGCCUGGAGGGCAAAUGGAGGAGCAAAUACGAGGACUCUGAGAAGAGGAGGAAAUUGUUGCUACAGAAGAGCGAGGCUGCUAGCAGAGAACACACCGAUCUCGAGAAGAAGUAUCAACAAUUGCAGAGACAAAAUAACACUCUGCAGACGCAGGUUCAAGAGAAAGAACAGAAACUUCAAAAGUUGCGAACAGUUUCCGAAGCAGUUUGCAAGGAGUACGAACAAUUGAAGCAUCAAUAUGACGUCGAAACGGGCGCCAUGCACAAAGCGAUGCAACAAGCGUCGCAGUGGUACAGGCAGAAUCGCGAGCUGAAGAGACGAUCCCAGAUAAUAACGCAGAAACUGUUACAAUCGAAUCCCGAGGGGUCGUUAGAUCUGGAGAUCUCCGACGAGGUUGACUCGAAUUUCGAAGAUCUCGAUCAGCUGAGAGAAACGGUGAAAGAAUUAAGCAAGGAGAUAGCGAGGCUUCAGACGGAGCUGCACUCCGCUCGCCUUCAAGAGUUUGAAGCUCAAGAGCAGGUGACGCACUUGACCACACAGUUGGAGGAGGAAAGAACCCUCAGGCAAAAAUGUGAAGAAAAGGUGAACGAGAUGAAGGUGCACAAAGAGAACAUGGAAAGGGUGACGAAGAUGGUGGCGGAGGAGGUGCAGGCGUUGAAGGCGCAAUGCGAUCGCGAGAGGGAGAACGCGAAGAUUAUGAAAAUCGAGGCAGAAAGGGUGCAGAAGGAGAGAAACGUGCUGGCUCAUCAGAGCGCACUCCUGAUGGCGGAAGUUGGCGACGACCCUAAUGGACGAUUAUUGACCGUUCUCCAAGAGGUGGAAUCGUUGAAGAGAUUACUGGAGGAGGAGCAACAGAGCCACGCUUCGCAGAUACAAACGUUGGAGGAGAAGCUCGAGGAGAAAGAGUCGAACGUCGAGUUCGAAAUAGUGGAGGAAAAGUUGAAGCUGGCCGAGUCGGAGCUCGAUGUCGCUACGCAGAGGGCUGAAAGGGCGGAGAAGUUGGUGGAAACUCUCGAAGAGCUGGUGCAAAGUUUGAAGGUGAAAAUCGGCGAACUGGAAGAGAAGCUUUCCAGGCCACCGCCGCCUCCUUUGCCGCCCCCGCCGCCGCCGCCGAUGUUCAACAACGGUGGACAGUCGUCGAUCAAGUUGCUGACGAAAGAGAAAAUGAAUUUGGAACGGAACGCGGUGACCGAUAUGGAGAACAUGCUUGGAAUCUCCAAGAAAACACCGACGGUUGCGCAACAACCUGCCAUCGACGAUAUUAUCAAUCAGAUAAAAGGUGGACGCUUCACGCUGAAGCAGACAGACAAACAAAGAGAGGAGGAGAGGAAAAGGCGACAAGAGGCGGAAAGUGCGCCGCCCGCUGUCUCGGAGAUGUUAAAUAUUUUAGGCACCAUGAGAAGGAGAGCCAAGCCGGUCAAGCAAUCUUUACAAACAGCAGACCAACCGACAUAAAAAAUAGACGGUGUUAGUAAUG